AUGACUGAAUUCCUUAAUACACUCUCUGAAAUCAAUGACUUCAUACCACAUCGUAAUGCACCAUAUCCAGAGAAAAACUUACUGCAAUCAGCCAAAGAGGAAUUUGAACUUGCUGAAGAGAUAAUGGAACUACCCGAAGCUUCAUCUUAUGUGGAACAUAUAAAUUAUAUAAAUUUUACUAAACUUGAAUUACCACGACCGAUUUAUAUAAAUUUAGUACGUCAUCCCAUUCAAAAGUUAGAGUCGUUAAAUGCUCGAAAUUUAAACAAUACACGUUUGGCUGAACGUGACAUACUCUUCUUUAAUCGCCUCGAAAAAGUGGGCAGCACUUCCAUGAUGGAAUUGUUAAAGAGUCUUUCGUUAGUCAAUAAUUUCCAACCGCAUCGUAAUGCUGCAUAUGAUCGAAGACCCCUACAAGAAACACUCGAAGAGGAAACCGAAUUUGCCGAUGAAUUAAUGUCACUACCCGAUGCCUCUUCAUAUAUGGAACAUACAAAUUGGAUUAAUUUUACUAUGCAUGAUCUACCGCGUCCGAUUUAUAUGAAUUUAAUUCGACAUCCAGUGCAAAAAGUAAUCAGUGCUUAUUAUUUUAUAAGAACACCAACGGUUUAUGCCCGCUACAAGGAUGUUAUACAGAUGACGUCAGAAGAACUUAAUAUGUCCUUUAAUGAAUGUGUUAAACGUCAAAUAAAACCACAUUGUGUAUUCGAUUCUCGUACGAUAUAUAAUCGCGAUUGGAGAAGAUUUUCACUGCAUUUUUGUGGAAAUAAAAAAAUUUGCUCACAAUUUAAUUCACAAACGGCCACACAAAUUGCCAAACGUAACAUAGAACAGGAUUAUGCAGUGGUUGGCACCUGGGAGGAAACCAAUAUUACCUUAACCGUCCUGGAACAUUAUAUACCACGAUUUUUCAAAGAUGCUACGAAAAUAUUUUAUAGUGAUGUUAAUAAAUACCAUAAAAAUGCCACACCCCAUAAAACGGAAUUGGAACCGGAAGUGGAGGCAAAAUUAAAAAUACAAUUUGCUUAUGAAAUCGAAUUGUAUAAUUUCUGCUUGCAGCGUCUUUAUAAACAGUAUAUAGCGAUUAAAAAGGAUGAAAUGAUGAAGAAAUUUGGCGGAUAUAAUAGAUUUCCGUUUAAUAUUUUAACGUAGAUUAUUAUACAAUUUUAUAAAUA